UUCACAAUGAAAGAGGUUUUGUGCGAGGAAAGCAUUCCCAUACCUUCCGGGGUUACUAUUAAAAUUAACAGUCGUAUAAUAACUGUGACAGGACCUCAUGGAACUAUUGUCAAAGACUUCAGACAUUUACCUAUUGAAAUUGUUGUUGAAGAUGAGAAGUUAACUGCGAGAAUGUGGCUUUGUACCAAUAAGCGUAAGGCUUGCUUGAGAACUCUUUGUUCCAGAAUCUCCAACAUGUUCAAAGGUGUUCUAAACAAGUUCCAAUACAAAAUGCGAUUGGUAUAUUCCCACUUUCCAAUUAACAUUAACAUUAUAGAAAACGGAACUGUUGUCGAGAUUCGCCACUUUUUAGGAGAAGGCCGUACUCGUGUUGUAAAACUUAGCGAUGACGUUAUCUGCGAAAAAUCAUCAACUGUUAAAGAUGAACUCAUUUUGAUAGGAAUUGACAUUGACAAAGUCUCUCGUUCAUGUGCUCUUUUGCGCCAAAACGCUCUCGUUAGAAACAAGGAUAUUCGUCAAUUUUUGGAUGGUAUUUAUGUUUCAGAGAAAGGGCUUGUUUCUGCAGCAAAUUAA